ACACAGCUAGCUGUUUCGAAAAUGAAACUGGCUUGUGUUUGAGUUCGAGAGGGAGCCAAGAGAGAACGAAAACAAGACGGUUAGCAGAUACAAUACCCGGGGAUCCCGUGUGGUAACGUGACACGGCGGAGGCAGGGGGACCGAACGGUAAGCUGGGUAUGUCGAGUAAACACCAGAGCUGGACAGGACGCACUGCACUGCAAUGGAGCCUGUAGCAGUAAGUUUGGCUACUUGGUGAGACUGAGGCUGCUGUCACUAUGGCGCACUUUGACACAGAGUACCAGCGUCUAGAGGCCUCCUACAGCGACUCUCCCCCUGGAGAGGAGAACUUGCUGAUGCAUGUGCCUGAAGGAGCCAAAUCCCAGUGGCACCACAUAGAAAACCUGGACCUGUUUUUCCAGAGAGUCUAUAAUCUGCAUCAGAAGAAUGGAUUCACCUGUAUGCUGCUGGGAGAGAUCUUUGAGCUGGUUCAGUUGCUGUUUGUGGUUGGCUUUACAGUGUUCCUCGCUAACUGUGUAGAUUAUGACAUCCUCUUUGCCAACAAGUUUGUAAAUCACACUGAUUCAUCUAAAGUCACCUUGCCUGAUGCCUUCCUCCCAGUGAAUGUCUGCAGUGCCCGUAUCCAAGACAAUGCAUUUGUGAUCUUUGUGCUGAUGAUAUCUGGGGUGUUUUGGCUACAUCGACUGGUCAAAUUCAUCUACAACGUCUGCUGUUACUGGGAGAUCCGAUCCUUCUAUAUCAGCGCCCUCAAGAUGACUAUGUCAGAGCUCCCCUAUGCAACGUGGCAGGAGGUUCAGGCCAGGAUAGUGGAGAUCCAGAAGGAACAUCAGAUCUGCAUCCACAAAAAGGAACUUACAGAGCUUGACAUUUACCACCGCAUUCUCCGCUUUAAAAACUACAUGGUUGCCAUGGUGAAUAAGUCCCUUCUUCCUGUUCGAUUUCGACUUCCUGUACUCGGAGAGUGUGUGUUCUACACUCGGGGUCUCAAGUACAACUUUGAGCUCAUCUUCUUUUGGGGGCCAGGCUCUCUGUUUGAGAAUGAGUGGAGCCUAAAACCAGAGUAUAAGAGAGGAGGCAACAGGCUUGAGCUGGCUGACAGGCUAGCAUCCCGUAUCCUGUGGAUUGGAAUUGCCAAUCUGCUGCUGUGUCCGGUCAUUCUGGUGUGGCAGAUCCUCUACGCUUUCUUCAGCUACACUGAGGUGAUCAAGCGCGAGCCUGGUUCUCUGGGAGCGAGAUGCUGGUCUCUCUAUGGUCGCUGUUACCUGCGCCACUUUAAUGAGCUGGACCACGAGCUCAUGUCACGCCUCAGCAAAGGCUACAAGGCUGCUUCCAAGUAUAUGAACUGUUUCCUUUCACCACUGCUGACGGUGGUUGCCAAAAAUGUAGCAUUUUUUGCUGGGUCUCUCCUGGCUGUUCUCAUCGCCCUGACCAUCUAUGAUGAGGAUGUUCUUGCAGUGGAACAUGUUCUCUCGUCAAUCACACUGCUUGGAGUGUGUAUCACAGUCUGCAGGUCAUUUAUUCCCGAUAAGCACAUGGUGUUUUGCCCUGAGCAGCUGUUGCGGGUUAUCCUGGCUCAUAUCCACUACAUGCCUGACCACUGGCAGGGCAAUGCACAUAGAUAUGAGACCCGUGACCAGUUUUCCCAGCUCUUCCAGUACAAAGCAGUGUUUAUUCUAGAGGAGCUGCUAAGUCCAGUGGUGACUCCCAUCAUCCUCAUCUUCUGUCUGAGGAGAAAGUCUCUGGAGAUCAUUGAUUUCUUCAGGAACUUUACAGUGGAGGUGGUUGGGGUGGGAGACACCUGCUCCUUUGCUCAGAUGGACAUCAGGCAGCAUGGACACCCUGCGUGGAUGUCAGAAGGGAAGACAGAGGCAUCUAUCUACCAACAGGCAGAGGACGGAAAGACAGAGUUAUCUCUGAUGCACUUUGCCAUUACCAACCCUCAGUGGCAGCCUCCUCAAGAGACAACCCACUUCAUCAGCCAGUUGAAAGAGAGGGUUCACAGAGAGGCCACGGGGGUUCCUGCAGACACACAUCCACUGUCACUGUCAGAGUCUGAGCCGAGAAGCCUCAUUGCAAACCUUUUGGCAGGUCCCUCUACACUGGCCUCUGUUCAUUUUGGCAGGGACAGCUCUUUGACCCAUCACGCAGCAGCUGGCAUAAGCGAUGGAGCAUCUGCCUUGCGCUCCCUUUCCCCAAUCAGCAGCAGUUUGCACCUGAGGAAUAGUUUGAGUUCAGCUCAUAGGGCUGCUGGUCACACUACAGCCAUGAGCAAGGCCAUGGCAGGCUCUGGGACUGAUGCCCGAACUGUGAGCUCGGGCAGCAGUGCAUGGGAGGGUCAACUCACCAGUUUGGUCCUGUCAGAGUAUGCCUCCACUGAGAUGAGCAUCCACGCAGUUUACAUGCAUGAGCUUCAUAAACAGCAGUCCCGUGGCGAGCUCUCCCGUCACACCUGGCACAGGCAGGAGAGUGAUGAAAGCAGUGAUAGCAUCCCCGAUGAAGUGAGGAGCCAACCCAACUCUCAUUCUAGAAAUUUCCCCCGCUCACACACUUUCCCCACCACAGUUCCCAGUCCUAGUGCCAUUCCCACUUCAGCCUCAGCCACUAGCAGUACUACCAUGGGCCAGGAGGGGGCAUCAUCGCAGGGCAGCAGCCAUCGACGCUAUAGUGGACCUAACACAGACUCUUUUGGGGCAGGGGGCAAGGUAGUUAGGUCAGCCCGUGUGCCCAUGGGAGGGUGGGCAGAUGAGGGUCAGGCAGCUCCACGACACCAUGAGCCACUACCAGAGGAGAGCUCAGAGGAUGAAAUGCCUCCUCGCAUACACAAGGUUACAUAACCAAGCCAUGUGAAUACGUAUCAGCGCCCCACCCUCCAUAGAUAACGAAACGCACAUCCUCAUCCCUGACCAAACCUUUCUCCAGGAUUGACCAUCUGAUCUGACACAGAUGAAGAUGGAAAUGCGAAAGAUGUACCAUGAUCCCUACAAAUACUCUAGUAGUAAAACCAUGUGAACAAAUUUAGAUUGAUGUCGCCAUCGGCCGUUAAAAGACACAGUGAGCUUAUGACUUCCACGACUUACUAAAUGACUUUGUGCAAGCCUAAACAGGCAAAUGGGAUAAAUGUCUGAAUUUGUGUAUCAGAAGAGGACCUACAAGAUCAAGUUAUUUCCAAUAGCCAUUGAUAAAGUCAGAUUACACUAUACUUUUUUAUAAUGUCUAAAGAUUACAUAAUGAAAAUGCACGUGUUGCUGCGAUGUAACAAAAAUUCUGAACACUCAGCACUGCUGCCAUAUAAAAAUACAAAUAUGAUCACAAUAAUCCAAAUUGUGCUCUUCUACAAAUCAAAUGGCAUGAGAAGUGAAAUUUGAAGAAUGUAUUGUGUCUUUAUAUCAUCAACAGCAUUCACGAAAAUGUGUUUAGAAAGAUGUUGGUAACACAAAGACUUUCAUUAUGUAUAUCUGUUCUUGUACCAAUUGCAGAAGGCAUCCUGCUCCGUGAUCUGUAUUUCAGCUUACAUUCAGCAGCUUCGUAAAACAAAUGGAGGCCUCAACUAGUAAAAAAUUCAACUGAAACUUUUAAAUCACAUAUUUUACUCCUAAGAGGGUUUUUUUUUUUUUUUUUUUUUUUAAUUUAGUUCUGCGUUCAUUGCAUUACCAAGUUCAAGUGAAUUUUCUAAAAUGUUCUGAAACUUUUCCUCAAGUUUGGCGCCGUUUGCACAGAUACAUGCUGAUUUUAAAGAUAGACCGUACAAAGAAGCCUGGUAUUGUGCAUGCACACAUGCACUGUGUAAAUAAAUUUUAUCAGGUUAAGGUCCCAGCAACCAUACAGAAUACUGGAGAGAUAUUGUGUGAAAGCACAUUUUAAUCUGAUUUCACCGAGGUUUUUAUUUACCAUUCUUCAUGUUUCAGCAGACUAGCUAAAGGGUGCGGUAAACAAACAAGGCUCUUUUAAGCAUGUAAUACUGAGUUCUGUGCCAUACAACAAGCGCCCUAGCACAAGUGCAUGACUAUCAUCCACUCAUCUAAUGAAGAGAUGUGACUACAUCACCCUACAGCAAGAAUACUGACCAUCCUCCACAUCCUGCUUAAUCACAGCAUGACCUCCCUCUUCACCCGUCAUUAAGCCGCAGUUCUUUAAAAGAAGAAUGAUGCACUUUAAAUUUUUGUUAAUGCAGAAGGUGUCAUUUAACUUGGAUUGUUUGUAUGUUUUCGUAUAUAUAUAUUUUCUAAUUAUUUAAUUUAUCAAAAGGGAUGUGCCAUGAUGACCGACAGUUGUGAGUCGAGGUCGUGUUUUCUGUAGCUGAUUUGGAUCGGGACGAAGAAGCACUGUCACACCGCUGUACUGAAAAUACGGUCAAGGAUGCUGUGAAUCCGUGCGGUACAGUUAGAUUAAAAGUGACCACUGUUGUUUCGCUUGGUUAUUUGUUUUAUAGAUCCUGUAAAAUACCAUUUUGUACAGCUGUAAUUUCACCCAUUAAAGACAAGGCAGUGAUUUUGUGUGUAGACUGAAAAAACAACUCACAAAUGUGAAGGUCUAGAGAGGUCUAAUGAUGAUGAAUCCCUUCAUUAACAGUAGGCCAAAGACUGAUUAACUACUAUUGCAUUGUAGAGUCGCUUUAGCCUCUAACGUAACCUUUUACAUUUGCGUUCAGUCUGACGUUACUAAGAACUAACGGCUAACCCGUUAGCUUUUAGCGGCUAAGCCGCUAGCUGUUAACAACUAACCCGCUGAGUAUACGGCUCUCUUGCUGCUUUGGGUAACCGCCGAGUGUUGGCUGAGCACAGAACGAUGUGUUAUAUGAUAUUAUCUGUAAACUUAUACAAGAUAUAACUAUCAUGAAAUGUAGUGAUUUGUUUUUUCUUCUUAUUUAGAUUAUCAACGAAUU